AGCUGUUUGCAUUAACAGCCUCAGACUCGUUUCGCGCCUGGCGAGCUUCCUUUGCGGGGGGUGGCCUGGCCGUGGGGACACAUGUCCGAGGGCUACAAGACCAUCGAGGAGCCUCCGAGUGUGGAUGAAUGGCAACAAGCAGUCGAUGAACUGAAGCAGGCGAGCGAGCGUUCAUGGGUGGAGCUCAAGCAGUUCGAGCUGCGGCGGACCCUCAUCGCAAGCAGGGAGGCGCUGCUUCGCCAAAGGCUGGCGGCGGCUGGGAAGGCGGGCGGGGCGGCGAGCACGCGCGGGAGCGACGCCUCAGAGGCGAGCCCCACGCGCGAGCCGGUGAUCUUCAACCUGGACGACGAGGGCGCGAGCACGAAGCUCCAGCGGCCGAGUAGCCUCGAGGAUUGGGAGCAGGGGCUGGAGAUGCUCAACACCGCGCAGACCAGGGACCGACAGGCGAGCCUCAGGGCACAUUGGCUCUUGAGCGGCAAGAACGCAGCUAAUUCCCCUUCGAGAAAGUGAUGCAGAAUAUCACUGGGACUUCCAGCUGCUUUGGAGGGGCGAAUUCACUGCUUAGGUGUGUGGGCGG